AUGAGACACGAAGGUCUUACAAAGGCGCAGAGCUCCCUCCUUUCCCAGGCCCGUAUCGGGGAUAUAGGCCUCCGGGACUACCUGUUCAGGGUGAAAGUCCCGGAGGUCCGCACCCCCUAUUGCGAGUGCGGGAGAGGCAGGGAGACGGUGGAGCACUUGGUGGUUUGGUGCCCCGACCCGCCGUUACAAAGGCCGUGGGGCGGCAGAGAGAUUCGGUCACAUCGGGACCUACAAACCGUAUUACGGGGAGUAGGUGCCCGGGGCAGAAGAUUUGUUAGGAAGGUCCUUGGCUGGCUGAUGGACUCUGGCCGGCUACUGGAGUAUAGCCUGGCCAGAAGGCUGGAGCUAGAAACAGUGGAUGGGAAGGGCUAG